UUUGUCGUACUUUGCGAAAAUUCAGAUAAAGAAAUGAGUUUAAAAAAGCAAAUGAGCCAGACUCAAAAAAACACCUUAUUAGAGUUAAUGGAGGAAAAUCCACAGCUUAUUACUCAAAAAGUAAGCAAUCAAUAUACAAACCAAGAUAUAAAAAAAAAAUGGAUUGAAAUUUCCGAAAAGCUCAACAGCAUUCCAGGAACGAACAGAUCCUGGAAGGAUUGGAGAAAGUGUUGGAGUGAUAUUAAGAGUAGGAUCAAAAAAAAAGCGAAGGAGAUGCGUUCUAUGUGCCAAACUGGAGGGGGAGGCCCUGAUGAAGACAACAGAACGGAUGAAAUAUUAGAUAUGUUAGGCGGUGAUGUCCUAAUUUCAGGCCUUGAUAUUCCCGAGCUUGGACUGCCUGUGCAAGCUCCAGCAUCUCCUGAAGAACCUGCCCAUGUUCUACUGCCUGAACAUUCAAUGGAAUCAGGAAAUGCUAAUGAUAUUUCAAAGAAAAAUCAAGAAGAAAAUUCAAAUAAAAACUACUAUUCUAUGAUAAAUACGAAAAAAUCGACAAGAGUAAGACCUCCUGUUAAAACAAAAAAAAAAGUUAUCGGAAACGCUUCAGAAAAUGUAACCACCUUGAAAAGAAAAAAUAAUUUAACCACCUCGAUUGACACCUCACAUAAAUUUAUUAAACUUGGCGAAGAGAAGUACGAAUUGAAAAAACAAUACUAUGAGAGAAAAAUUCAAAUUUUGGAGCAGCAAUCCAAAACUCUAGAGAGAAUUGCAGUAGGGAUUGAAAAUUGUGUUGAACAAUUAUUGAUAAAAAAAAUUGAUUAAAUAUGUGUGGUAAUAUUAGGUCUGUUUCUGCAGAAAUCACAAACCGGUCACAGCAAAUUUCAUUGCUUGAAAACAGUCAAAAAACUAGUUUCAACCAAUGAAAAUCACUCUGACUGAUUUAUGAUUUCUGCAAAAACAGACCUAUAAUAUCUUUCUAUUAAAAUUUGUGCAGUUAUUUAGAAAUAGG